UCAGCAAAAUCGAUGAGUUUUCGAUGAAAAAGUGAAGCCAUUUGUGCGAAGUUUUUCUCGAUUUUUCUCUCUGUGUUUUUGUCUGUGGAAAAGUGAAAACAAAGUGAAAUUUGCGUGAAAAUGGCGAGCCCGUCGCCGCAGAAUAGCCCAAUGCCGCCACCGCAGGCUCCCAGCCCCAUGGGGCCACCACCGCAGUCACCGGCACCGUCGCCGUCACCACAGCCCUACCAGCAGCAUCCUCACGUCCAGGCGCCACCGCAGCCACAUCCCCCUCCGCCACACAUGAAUGGGCCCCCACCCCCGCAUCAUAUUCCCCCCACGGGGCCCCCGCAUAUGCAGCAUCACCCCGGAAUGGGACACGCAGGAAUGCCCCAAGGGCCCCAUCCGGGCAUGUCGAUGCCACCACAGGGACCACCGAUGCCCCCAAUGGGCUACCAGCCGCACAACAUGCCCCCAAAUGCCGUGAGUCCCACCCAUUCCCUUUUCCAUGGAAGAAAUGGGCCUCCUGGCCCUCCUCCGGGACAGGGACAGCCACCUGGUGGACCCCCAGUUGGUCCUCCACCUGGUGGUCCACCACCAGGUCAGGAGAACUUGAAUGCCCUUCAGCGGGCAAUUGAUUCAAUGGAGGAGAAGGGUCUGCAGGAAGAUCCGCGUUAUUCGCAACUACUUGCUCUGAAGGCAAAUUCAAAGCAGCAAAUACUCAAUGUCAACCAGAUGCAUAUGCUGCGUGCUCAGAUAAUGGCCUAUCGUCUUUUGGCACGCAAUCAGCCGCUAACGAAGCAGAUUGCUUCUGUGAUUCAGGGUCAACGUCCCGAUGGGACACCUCCACAGUGUCCAACUCCUCCGGCAAGUCCUUUCCAGCAGCAGCAACAGCAGCAACAACAGCAGCAGCAGCAACAGCAGCAGCAGGGUCAGCCGGGACAGCAACCGGGGCAGCAGAUGCAGCCACAACAACCACCACAAAUGCCCGGACCACCGUCGCAGCAAACAAAACCGCCGAAUAUGGAUCAGAAGCCGCCGCCACUGAGUGGGGGUCAGCCACCGGUUCAGAGUCCCAUGGCUGGGAUGGUACCAACGGGGCAGCCUCCACAUGGGCAGCAUAUGCCGCAACAGCAGCAAGGCCCGCCGCAUAUGCAUCAGCAGCAACAGCCAGCACGUCCGAGUUCCCAAGGCCCUGCACAGGCUCCACGUCCCGGUGCACAGGCUCCGGCCCCGCCGCAACCGAUGCAGAAGCAGAAUCGCAUAACAACUGUUCCCAAGCCCGUUGGUUUGGAUCCCAUAACAAUCCUCCAGGAGCGUGAGAAUCGUCUUGCAACGCGUAUUGCUCUGCGCAUGGAAGAGCUGACAAAUCUACCAACAUCAAUGCCGGAGGAUUUGCGUCUGCAUGCUCAGAUUGAGCUGCGUGCGCUGCGUGUGCUGAACUUCCAGCGUCAGUUGCGUAGUGAGAUUAUUCAGUGUACUCGGAGGGAUACAACCCUUGAGACGGCUGUCAACGUGAAGGCGUACAAGCGAACAAAACGUCAGGGGUUACGCGAGGCCAGAGCAACGGAGAAGUUGGAGAAACAGCAAAAGCUCGAAGCAGAGCGUAAGAGACGGCAGAAGCAUCAGGAAUUCCUUGCAGCUGUCCUUCAGCAUGGCAAAGACUUCAAGGAGUAUCAUCGUAACAAUCAGGCUCGUAUGGGACGUAUGAAUAAAGCAAUUAUGAAUUAUCACGCCAAUGCUGAGCGUGAACAGAAGAAGGAGCAAGAGCGUAUUGAGAAGGAACGUAUGCGUCGACUAAUGGCAGAAGAUGAGGAGGGUUACAGGAAGUUGAUUGAUCAGAAGAAAGACAAGCGUCUGGCUUUCUUGUUGUCACAAACUGAUGAAUACAUUGGGAAUCUCACGGAGAUGGUGAAGCAGCAUAAGGUGGAGCAGAAGAAGAAGCAAGCCGAUGAGAUGGUGCGCAAGAAGCGCUGGAAGCGUGAACUCCUACAAAAUGGGGAGUACAUUUCGAUCGAUGAGAGUUGCCAGGCGGCUGAUUUGCGCGUAACCGUGAUGGAUUCGGCAACGGGACAGAAGUUACAAGGUGAGGAGGCACCAAUGCUGCGUGAUCUCCAUCGAUGGCUCGAAGCACAUCCCGGAUGGGAAUGGGUGGAGAGUGAGAGUGACCUUGAUAGUGAUGAUGAGGAUAUGGAGAAACGGAAGGAAGCCGAUGGGGAGGAAACAUCCAUAAGUGGGGGCAACAUGGGCAGCAAGACGGAAGAGGAUAAAACAAAGGAGAUGAUCAAGAAGGCUAAAGUUGAGGAUGAUGAGUACCGUACGGAGGAGCAGACCUACUACAGCAUUGCUCAUACUGUUCACGAGAGUGUUACAGAGCAGGCUAGUAUCCUGGUUAAUGGGAAGCUGAAGGAGUAUCAAAUUAAGGGGCUCGAAUGGUUGGUUUCUCUCUACAAUAACAAUCUCAAUGGGAUUCUUGCUGAUGAAAUGGGUUUGGGCAAAACCAUUCAAACAAUCGGUCUCAUAACGUACUUGAUGGAGAAAAAGAAGAACAAUGGACCCUUCUUGGUCAUUGUACCGCUUUCAACGCUCUCAAAUUGGGUGUUGGAAUUUGAAAAGUGGGCUCCAUCUGUGUGUGUUGUCUCGUACAAAGGCAGUCCCGCUGGACGUCGCCAUGUGCAGAAUCAGAUGCGUUCAACGAAAUUCAACGUUCUCCUCACAACGUAUGAAUACGUCAUCAAGGACAAGUCCGUCCUGGCUAAGCUAUCGUGGAAGUACAUGAUAAUCGAUGAGGGGCAUCGUAUGAAGAAUCAUCACUGCAAACUCACGCAGGUUCUCAAUACGCACUACAAUGCGCCCCAUCGUCUCCUCCUCACGGGGACACCGUUGCAGAAUAAAUUGCCCGAAUUGUGGGCUCUGCUGAACUUCCUCCUUCCGUCAAUCUUCAAGAGUUGCUCCACCUUUGAGCAGUGGUUCAAUGCCCCAUUCGCAACAACGGGCGAGAAGGUGGAGCUCAAUGAGGAGGAAACAAUUCUCAUUAUUCGACGUCUCCACAAAGUGCUGCGUCCCUUCCUGCUGAGGCGUCUCAAGAAGGAAGUGGAGUCUCAGUUGCCCGAUAAGAUUGAAUACAUCAUCAAAUGCGAAAUGUCUGGCCUACAGCGUGUACUCUACAAGCACAUGCAGAGCAAAGGUGUUUUGCUUACGGAUGGCAGUGAGAAGGGAUCAAAGGGCAAGGGUGGCGCUAAGGCACUCAUGAAUACCAUUGUGCAGCUACGGAAGCUCUGCAAUCAUCCCUUUAUGUUCCAGCACAUUGAGGAGAAGUACUGCGAUCACAUUGGGGGCCAUGGAGUUGUCUCCGGGCCGGAUUUGUAUCGUGUUUCGGGCAAAUUUGAGCUACUCGAUCGUAUUUUGCCCAAAUUGAAGGCAACCAAUCAUCGUGUGUUGCUCUUCUGUCAGAUGACGCAAUGCAUGACGAUCAUUGAGGACUACCUCGGCUGGAGGCAGUUCCUCUACCUUCGUCUCGACGGUACGACAAAGGCAGAAGAGCGUGGGGAUUUGCUGAAGAAGUUCAAUGCAAAGGAUUCCGAUUACUUUGUCUUUUUGCUGUCAACACGUGCUGGGGGUUUGGGCUUGAACCUUCAAGCGGCCGAUACGGUGAUUAUCUUUGAUUCCGACUGGAAUCCCCAUCAGGAUCUUCAGGCGCAAGAUCGUGCCCAUCGUAUUGGGCAGCGCAAUGAAGUUCGUGUCCUCCGGUUGAUGACUGUUAACUCCGUGGAGGAGCGGAUCCUCGCGGCGGCGCGCUACAAGCUGAAUAUGGAUGAGAAAGUCAUCCAGGCGGGGAUGUUUGAUCAGAAAUCAACGGGAUCGGAACGGCAGCAAUUCCUCCAGAGUAUUCUGCAUCAGGAUGAGGCGGAAGAGGAGGAAGAGAAUGAAGUGCCCGAAGAUGAAAUGAUAAAUUUGAUGAUUUCCCGCAGUGACGAUGAGAUGGAGUUGUUCAAGAAGAUGGAUGCAGAGCGCAAAUUGGAGGAGACAAAAGAUGGGCGCGUUCGUUCGAGGCUCAUUGAGGAGUCGGAGCUGCCAGAUUGGCUCGUGAAGGAAGACGAAGAGGUGGACAGGUGGAAUUACGAGGAGGACAGUAUCCUCGGGAGGGGAUCGCGUCAGAGGAAAGAGGUGGACUAUACGGAUAGUCUGACGGAGAAGGAGUGGCUAAAGGCAAUUGAUGAUGGGAUUGAUUUUGAUGAUGAAGAAGAGGAGGAGAAGGAGAAGAAGAAGAAGGGCAGGAAGCGCAAAAGUAAGCGUGUUGAGGAUUCCGACGAUGACAGUGUGAGUGGGAUGCCGGUGAAGAAGCGCAAAGGGCAGACGGAUCCGAAGUUGAAGAAGCAAAUGAAGCGCAUAAUGAAUGUUGUGAUGAAGUAUGCGGACUCAGAUGGGCGUGUACUGAGUGAGCCGUUCAUGAAGUUACCGUCAAAGCGGGAACUUCCGGAUUACUAUGAGAUCAUUAAGAAGCCGUUGGAUAUUAAGAAGAUCCUGCAGCGUAUUGAGGAUGGGAAGUAUGUGGACUUUUCGGAUUUGGAAAGGGAUUUUAUACAGCUGUGUCAGAAUGCACAGAUCUACAAUGAGGAGACAUCACUCAUCUAUGCGGAUAGCAUUAUGCUGCAAACGGUGUUUUCGAAUGCAAAACAACGGGCUGGUGAAGCGGUGGAGGAUAGUGAGGCUGAGGGCUCCUUUGGGGAGGAUGAUGACAAUUCCGACGAUGAGAGUGGGAGUGUGAAGAUGAAGUUGAAGCUGUCCAAGGGCGGAGCACCGUCAUCUUCGUCGUCAUCCUCAACGAAGAAGGCAACACCCGCGGUGACGACAUCGGGCCGUCGCAAGAGGACACAGAAGAAGUACACCAUCAGUGAUGAUGAUGACGAUGACAUGGAUUGAAGACGGUGCGCAGGAGGAGGAAGCAAGAAACGUGGUACUUGAUGGGUAUUUUCGUGCACACCAACUUUCUCUUCAACGUAACUAUACAUUAAUUAAUAAUAAUCAUACAGAUAUAAAUGUAGGUAGCAAGUAAGUUGCUUUUAUUAUUUUAUUUUCUUGGGGUGAAUUUAAAAGGUUUCUUUUUCUUCCUUCUUUUUAAAGAAAUGAUUCUUCUCUAAUGAUUUUCAUGCAAAAGUAGUGAAUUUAAUCAACUUAAAAAUAAACUUAAAGUAAAUAUGUGUGUAGAAAGUCACGAAGGAUGGGCAGAAUAGGGGUGGGUGGAGAGGAAGAAAGCAGAGAUUUGAAAAGAUUCGUGACAAAUAGAAUUAUUCACACAAAAAUAAAUAUAAAAUUAAUCGCACAUUAAUCAUAAAAAUAAAAUUAUAAAAAAUAUAAUUGUGGAUUAUUCAUGAAGCUUAAUAAAGAUUUUCUCAAAUAAAUGGCAUAAAA